AUGGUCACCAAGGUGGCCAAGGCUUCGGGGUCAGUGCCCCAUUGUUUUAUGGGCCAUGUACUGGCGUCUCAGCCAAAUGAGAUUGUCGCUAUUGACUUUACAUUGUUGGAACCCUCACAGAAUGGGUUGGAGAAUGUUCUGGUAAUGACUGACGUGUUUAGCAAAUACACGGUGGCGGUCCCCACUCGGGAUCAACAGACAGCAACAGUGGCUCGGAUCUUGCUGACCGAAUGGUUCUUCAAGUUUGGUAUUCCAAGUCGUAUCCAUUCAGAUCAAGGUCGAAGCUUCGAGAGCACCUUGAUCCAACAGCUUUGUCGCCUGUACGAGGUAACCAAAUCGAGAACCACUCCUUACCAUCCAGCUGGCAAUGGGCAGUGUGAGCGAUUCAAUAGAACCCUUCAUGAUCAAUUGCGGACCUUGCCAGCUUCCCGGAAGCAUGAUUGGGUGUCUUGUCUUCCGCAGGUGUUGUUUUGUUACAACACCACGCCACAUCAAAGUACAGGAGAGUCGCCCUACUUUUUGAUGUUUGGUCGAGAGCCUAGGCUCCCCGUGGAUUUUCUUUUGGGCCGGGUCCAGGAUCCCGAGCCCGGGGAAGUCCGGGAUUGGGUGGCUGAGCAUCAGGCGAGGCUCAAGGUGGCCUUUGAGAAUGCUAGGGAGAGAUUGUUGGCGGCUGCAGGUCGACGGAAGGAGCAGCACGAUUGGCAUGUUCGGGUGAACCCUCUGCAGGUAGGCCAGCUGGUCUACCUCAGAGAUUUUGGUGUUAGGGGUCGACACAAGCUCCACGACAAAUGGAGCCCCGUUAUCUAUCAAGUGUUAAAAGCCCCUUCAGGAGAGGGAGCGGUUUAUACCAUUGCUCCUGUAGAAGAGCUGCACCGAACCAGUGUCCCCCCUCUUAGGGCGCCGUCUCCACCUGCUGUGGUUGCAUCCAGUUGUUCUUCUGAUUCUUCUGAAGAUGGUGAACUAUGGCUGCUGGCACGUGAAACUCCUGCGUCCUUUGCCACCGAAGCCUCAGUAGAUGUCCAGCCGGCGCCAGACCUAAGUUUGGAGCCAGAACAUUCCUACAUGGUGACUGCUCCCCCUAGUGGCCAGCCCAGCCAUUCCCAGUCAGCCUUACGCCGACAGGCCGUUCCACGGCCGGUCAACAUUCCAAUGUGCAUCGUCUUCCCCAGUCUGUUGCCGUCAGGGGAAGUCCAGGACCCAGUUCCCAAGUGUGUGACUCAGACCAAGGAUGGAGAGUUUCUGUACCAGGGUCUGUGGGAUGAUGGUGUUAAAAGCAGAGUCCAGGAAGAGCAGGCGGACGUAGGCGUUUCUGCUUUUCAGGUGGGUGAGGGCUGUGGGGACCACUGA